AUGAGCAUCGUUUCAAAUCCUUUCAUUGGUCAAAUACGGCACUGCAAAAUCCUUUCCUUUCUGCUUCAAAUCUGUUCAUAUGACAACAUGCAUUUGGGUCUUUCAAAUCCUUUCGUUGCUUUCAUUCGGUCUAAAUACGAUGCAAAAAAUCCUUUCCUUUCCUUUCUUCAUAUAAGCAGCUGUUUUCAAAUCAGACACGUUGGUAUAAGGCACAUUUUCAAAUCCUCUCAGCGUCAUUUUCACUGCAGCCCCUUUCAAAUCAUUUCAUUGGUCACAGCGGCGGAAAAUCCUUUUUCAAAUUCUUUCAGAAAAUUGCAAAAUGCCAUUGAUUUCUCUCAGUAUCCCACUCGCAGAAAAUCCCUUUCAAAUCCCGUGCUUUCCUUUGGUCCUAAGGCACAGCAGAAAAAUACCUUUUUCCUUUCCUUUUCUGCUGAUGAAGCACUGCAGACAUCGUUUCAAAUCAUUUUCAUCACCUUCAUUCUUACGGCAAAAUCCUUUCCAGACAUCAUUGGCACUGCAGAAAAUCGCAAAAUCUUUCCUUUAAAGAAAUCCUUCCCUUUCACUUUCAAUGCCAUUUGGCACUCUCAGCUUCCCUUCAUUCAAAAUCCUUUGUCUUUCCUUUUAGACACUGUUGCAAAAUCCUUUUCUUUUUCAGUUAAGGCACAUUUUCAAAUCCUUUCAAAUCCUUUCAUGUUUUCAACAAUCGUUGAAAUCCUUUCCUUUUCUGCUGAAAAUCCUUUCAAAUCUGUUCACUUUCCUUCGAACAAGAUGCAGACAAUCGCAUCUCAGCUUCGGUAUUCUGCAGAAAAAUCCCUUUCAAAGACUUUCAUCAUUGGUCGAAAAUAUGAUUCAAAAUCCUUUUCUUUCCUUCAUAUAAGAGCUCUAAAAGAUACCGUUCGAUCCCUUCCUUCAGCUGAAAUCCAAUGCCUUUUCCUUCGUAUAAAGUCAUAUCGUCGCAAAAUCUUUCACUUUCUUCUGUAUAAAGGCACUGCAGAAAAUGCCAGAUGUCGUCACUUUCAACUUUCACUGCAGAAAAUCCUUUUUCAAAAUAAGGCACUAAGAAAAGAAAUCCUUUCCUUUUCUGCUGAUGAAGCAUCUGAUCACAGAACAAGAUGCCCAUUUGAUUUCUCGGCUUCGCUUUCCUUACCUCCAGAAAUCCUUUCAAAAUCCUUGUCGUUUCUUUUCAUCGAAACUUCUAUGAUGCAAAAUCCUUCCCUUUUUCUGCUCCCUUUCAAGCUCACUCCAGAAAAUCCAUUUGGUCUUUCCUUCAUUAUAAGUCUCAGAAAAUCCUUUCAAUCCUUUCAGACCUUCAGUGGAAGUACGAUGCAAAAAUCCUUUCCUUUCCUGAUGAGACAUCGUUUCAGUAUUUUCAGAAAAUCCUUUCAAAUCUCUCCAGACAUUCAGUAUAAAGGCACUGAAAAUUUCCGUCCCCAUUGGUCAAAAAAUUUUUCAAAUCCUUUCCUUUUCUUCCCUUUCAAAGGCUUUCCAGACAUCGUUGGGGUCUUUCCGUCCUCAGCUCAAAAUUCUUUCCAGACAAGAGCUGUGAAAAUCCCCUUUCAAAUCCCUUGGUCCAAAUACGCAUCAAAAAUCCCUUUCAAACAAAGGCAGUUUAAAGUUCCCUGCAUUCAAACUCUUUCAUUGACAUCCUUUUCUUUCAACUUUACGUCAUCCCUUUUCCUUGAUUUUCCAGUUGUCGUUGGUUUUCAUCAUUGGUUCAAAAAUUCCAGACAAAAUCGUUUCUUUUCUGCUGAUGAAGCAGGUGUUCCCCCCUGUGACAAAGAUGCCAUCUUGACAUCUCUUUCUUCGUCAUCAAUGUCCUUGCUUUUCAUCAAGGUUGGGGUUACAGUCAAAAAAUAUUUCCUUUUCUGCUUCCAUGGGCAGCUGUUCCCUUGA